AUGGAUACAGUACGUGCAGAAAACGGAAACUACAUGCUGCCGUCGGCUCGAGCGCUGCUUUUUUCUACAGCUCAUCAACCAGAAAGAAGACUUUCUGCGGAGGAUGGAAACUCAAUGGACCGAAUGGUCAUCGAUGAACCUUACGAAUCAUCCGAGACCAAUUUAACAUCCUUCAAUCAAGAGAACACACCCAAGCCUCACCUACCGCCCAUCACAAACAUACAGGCCUACCCCUCCAGCGCCCACUCUCAAAUUCAACCUUCACCUUACCAUGCCUCAACUCUGGGAACCCACACAUCCGAUGAGCUUCUUCGUCAUCGCAUGUCCGACAUGUCUGUCUCUGGUUCCCAUCAUCGAGCAUCUGUAGGAAUUCGCAGUCCACGAGGCAUGUCACCCGCACGUGAGGCAGCUAUUGCCAGAGCACUCUCUCCAUUGGAACCAAACUCACAAUAUGAUCUAUAUUCCCGGAGAGGAUCGACUGCAGAUACCAUAUUUCCAUCUAUGGAAUACAGACGACCCUCUAUCACAGACAUCGGUAGUCUACCACACCCAACCUCGGCCAAUGUGAGUCGAAGAGGUUCGGUUGCUACGGUUGCAACCGAAUACGAUCAUCCUUCCCGGUCCCCAUCGCCCUCUCCGUUUGGAAAACGGUUCAGCCAUGAGCCUGCAGACUCUGGAUAUUACAUCAACCGACGCGACUCUCUUCCUUUGGCUCCUCACCCCGCAGUUGCACAGGUACAAGCCUAUGAUCCUUUUCAAAGAAGACAUUCGAUUGCCACAGCCGAACCAGCUUACUCAAACGGUUCAAAUGGCUUACCAAACGUACGACCGCCAAUGAACAAUCCCAAAAUUCGAGCCAGCUUCAGAUUUCCUGCGACAAUCCAAGAAACCCCUCAUGGACCGUAUUCUGCUCCCUCUAGUCCUCCCCCUUCUUCUUCCACGCCCACUCUGCAUGAUCCCAGCAACACUACCCUACCGCAACCCCCAAAAACCCCGGAAGCAAUCAGCAAUGCCACUCGCUACCCACGCCAUGGCAUGCGUCAUAUCUCCUCGUCUGGAACCGAUAAUCACUACCAACAGCAGCAGCAGCAACAACGUAACCACGCCCACCCUUAUGCUCCGACCGGAAAUCCUCUGGUACACAACCGUCGCAAAUCCAUCAUGACUGACGAGGCUGCCUUGGAUUCCAGCCCAUCUCUAGGCCGCCGUGCGUCUAUGCCAGUCGUUACCAUGCGACGUCACCCAAGUACCCAGGAUCUCCCCCACCCCCACCCCUAUCCCCCAACCCCUACUCGCCUUCAGCACAAGAUAAUACACGACGAAUCACCUGAACCUACAGAUUCAAGUCUUGGAUAUUAUCCCGACAACUCGGACUCAUACCUAAACCAUGAUGACAUGGGUGGGGACCCAAGUGAAGAAGAUAAGUCUGGAAACAAAUCAGAGACCCCGUACUCUCGUAGCCCUGAAUUGCGUGUCAGUCACAAACUAGCAGAGCGAAAGAGACGAAAAGAAAUGAAGGAAUUAUUUGAUGAAUUACGAGAUUCACUUCCAGUCGAGAAGAACCUCAAGACAAGUAAAUGGGAAAUCUUAAGCAAAGCUGUCGAAUACAUUGCUCAGCUUAAGCAUCGUGAUUAUAAUAUGGAAACCGAACUUGCGGGUUUGCGCCGGGAAGUAGCAUCGAUGAAACGGGACCGAGGAAGCAGCAGUAAUUAUGGUCCAUCUUUUUAG